UUGAAUGAAUUGUAUGCUGUUCUUGGUGAUAAGAUUGUUCCCGUCAGUCGGAAUCUAGAAACUGAUGAAUUUCAAGUUUCUUUCUCAAACGAUCACAAAAAGUUCGCAAAGGGUUAUUAUUAUGUUCGUUUCUAUGACGAUGUUGGCUACCUCAGUCUCCUCAAGGCUCAAACCCAGGGACAACCUCUUGACAGUGUAAAGCCUGUUUUUAGUGGUAUUUGGCUCAGUCCUAUUAUUCAAUCCGAAACUGUGGCUCUUCUAGCUGCUACUCUUAUUGGCUUUGGUGCUGUUAUCACGAAGAACAAGUUCUUCAAAUAG